UCAUCUCCUCGAAGUCAGAGAGGUCAGGCAAUAACAUAAAGACCUGAGAUCCAGGGAAUGAGAAGGAAAGCAAAGGCAUAGACCAUCUCACUCUGAAGUUAUUUGUACAAAAGUUUCUUUACACAACUAUUUCAAGCCACUAGUCUGAUGAAGUUGGACCUCCUUCUUCCAGUGAGUUACUUGAUACAGCCUAAAAUCAUGAUGAGAAAGAAGAGCACAUCUGCAAGCAAAGCUUCCUUGGUUCUCUUUCUGUGCCAAAUGAUUUCUGCACUGGAUGUACCUCUAGACUCAAAACUUCUAGAAGAACUAUCUCAGCCUCCAACAAUAACUCAGCAGUCUCCAAAAGAUUACAUUGUUGACCCUCGAGAGAAUAUUGUAAUACAGUGUGAAGCCAAAGGAAAGCCACCGCCAAGCUUCUCAUGGACGCGCAAUGGGACUCAUUUUGAUAUAGACAAAGACGCUCUGGUAACAAUGAAGCCAAAUUCAGGAACCCUUGUCGUAAACAUAAUGAAUGGUGGGAAGGCAGAAGCGUAUGAAGGGGUGUAUCAAUGUACAGCGAGGAACGAACGGGGAGCGGCCAUUUCCAACAACAUUGUCAUAAGGCCAUCCCGAUCCCCUUUGUGGACUAAAGAAAGACUAGAACCCAAUCAAGUUCGAGAAGGUGAUUCUCUAGUGCUACACUGCAGACCUCCCGUUGGUUUACCACCCCCGAUAAUAUUUUGGAUGGAUAACGCUUUCCAAAGGUUGCCUCAAAGUGAGAGAGUUUCCCAAGGUCUAAAUGGAGACCUCUAUUUUUCUAAUGUACAACCAGAAGACACUCGUGAGGACUAUAUCUGCUAUGCAAGAUUUAAUCAUACACAAACCAUACAGCAGAAGCAACCAAUUUCUGUAAAGGUUCUGUCAAUGGAUUCAUUGAAUGACACUAUAGCUGCUAAUUUGAGUGACACUGAUAUUUAUGGUGCCAAACCAGUUAAAGAGAGACAGCCAAUUCUUCUAACACCAACAGGCAGCACAAGUAACAAAGUGGAACUGAGAGGAAAUGUGCUUUCGUUGGAGUGCAUUGCAGCAGGACUACCCACACCAGUAAUCCGCUGGAUUAAAGAGGGUGGGGAACUGCCGGCCAACAGAACAUUUUUUGAAAACUUUAAGAAAACUCUCAAGAUCAUAGAUGUUUCUGAGGCUGAUUCUGGAAACUACAAAUGCAUCGCAAGAAAUACACUAGGUUCUACUCAUCAUGUCAUUUCCGUAACUGUGAAAGCUGCCCCAUACUGGAUAACAGCACCCAGAAACCUGGUCUUGUCUCCUGGAGAGGAUGGGAUGUUGAUUUGCAGAGCUAAUGGCAACCCAAAGCCUCAUAUAAGUUGGUUAUCGAAUGGCGUUCCCAUAGCAAUUGCCCCAGAAGAUCCUAGCAGGAAGGUAGACGGAGACACGAUUAUUUUCUCAGACGUGCAAGAAAGGUCAAGUGCUGUCUAUCAGUGCAAUGCUUCUAAUGAGUAUGGGUAUCUUCUGGCAAAUGCAUUUGUGAAUGUUUUGGCCGAGCCGCCAAGAAUUCUAACUCCUGCUAAUAAACUGUACCAAGUCAUUGCAAAUAAUCCGGCGUUGCUGGACUGUGCUUAUUUUGGUUCUCCUAAGCCUGAAAUUGAAUGGUUUAAGGGAGUGAAAGGUAGCAUCUUGCGCGGAAGUGAAUAUGUUUUCCAUGAAAAUGGAACCUUGGAAAUUCCCGUGGCUCAGAAGGAUAGCAUUGGUACAUACACGUGUGUAGCAAGGAAUGAAUUAGGAAAGAUACAAAAUGAGGUGCAGUUGCAAGUGAAAGAUCCAACGAUAAUAAUUAAACAGCCAGAAUACAAAGUGAUUCAAAGAGCUGGCCAAGUUUCAUUUGAGUGUACAAUAAAACAUGAUCCUACUUUAAUACCAACAAUAAUAUGGUUGAAAGACAAUGGAGAGCUGCCAGAUGAUGAAAGGUUUCUAGUUGGUAAAGACAACUUGACCAUUAUGAAUGUAACUGAUAAAGAUGAUGGAACAUAUACUUGCAUAAUUAAUACCACUCUGGACAGUGUUUCAGCAAGUGCUGUGCUAACUGUUGUUGCUGCUCCCCCAACUCCAGCUAUCAUUUACGCUCGGCCAAAUCCACCCUUUGAUUUGGAAUUAACAGGUCAGCUUGAAAGAAGCAUAGAGCUCUCAUGGAUACCAGGAGAUGAAAACAACAGUCCAAUUACAAAUUUUGUUAUUGAGUAUGAAGAUGGCCUGCAUGAACCAGGGGUAUGGCAUUACCAGACAGAGGUGCCUGGGUCUCAGACAAUGGUACAGUUGAAGCUGUCUCCAUACGUCAACUAUUCAUUCCGUGUGAUAGCUGUCAAUGAGAUUGGUAGGAGCCAGCCAAGUGAACCAUCUGAGCAAUACCUGACAAAAGCUGCAAACCCUGACGAAAAUCCUUCUAAUGUACAAGGGAUAGGCUCAGAACCUGAUAAUUUGGUGAUAACAUGGGAGUCUUUAAAAGGUUUUCAGUCUAAUGGACCAGGGCUUCAGUACAAAGUCAGCUGGCGUCAGAAAGAUUUUGAUGAUGAAUGGACUUCUGUUAUAGUGGCAAAUGUAUCUAAGUAUAUUGUGUCUGGUACACCAACUUUUGUUCCCUAUGAGAUAAAAGUACAGGCUUUAAAUGACUUGGGAUAUGCUCCAGAGCCUCAAGAGGUGAUUGGACAUUCGGGGGAAGACUUGCCAAUGGUUGCUCCAGGCAAUGUGCAGGUUCACGUCCUUAACAGCACAUUAGCAAAGGUACAUUGGGACCCAGUUCCACUAAAAACUGUCCGAGGACACCUUCAAGGGUACAAGGUUUACUACUGGAAAGUGCAGAGUCUAUCCAGAAGGAAUAGGAGACACGUAGAAAAAAAGAUCCUGACUUUCAGGGGAAACAAGACUUUUGGAAUGUUACCUGGACUGGAGCCCUAUAGUUCUUACAAGCUAAAUGUUAGAGUUGUUAAUGGUAAAGGAGAAGGACCAGCAAGCCCAGACAAAGAAUUUAGGACCCCUGAAGGAGUUCCCAGCUCACCUUCCUUUUUGAAGAUUACUGACCCAACAUUGGACUCUCUAACUCUGGAGUGGGGUUCACCUACUCAUCCAAAUGGUAUUUUGACAGCAUAUAUACUGAAGUUUCAGCCAAUUAACAACACACAUGAAUUAGGUCCCUUGGUAGAGAUAAGAAUUCCUGCCAACGAAAGCAGCUUGAUAUUAAAAAAUUUAAAUUACAGCACACGAUACAAGUUUUACUUUAAUGCACAAACAUCAGUUGGAUCAGGAAGUCCGAUAACUGAGGAAGCAGUAACAAUUAUGGAUGAAGCUGGUAUUCUCCGUCCUGCUGUAGGUGCAGGCAAAGGAUAUUCAGAAACCCUUUUUGCAACCUCCCCAGUCAUGCAUAUUGUCCGUCCAACAUUCUAUAAGGUGCAACCACUUUAUCCAAGGAUCAGGAAUGUUACAACAGCUGCUGCUGAGACCUAUGCCAAUAUCAGUUGGGAGUAUGAGGGACCAGAUCAUGCGAACUUUUAUAUUGAAUAUGGUGUAGCAGGCAGCAAAGAAGAUUGGAAAAAAGAAAUUGUAAAUGGUUCUCGGAGCUUCUUUGUGUUAAAGGGUUUAACACCAGGAACAGCGUAUAAAGUCCGGGUUGGUGCUGAGGGCCUGUCUGGUUUUAAGAGUUCAGAGGAUGUGUUUGAGACAGGUCCAGCAAUGGCAAGCCGGCAGGUAGACAUCGCUACUCAAGGAUGGUUCAUUGGUCUUAUGUGUGCUGUGGCUCUUCUUAUCUUGAUUUUACUGAUUGUUUGCUUCAUAAGGAGGAAUAAAGGUGGCAAAUAUCCAGUGAAGGAAAAAGAGGAUGCCCAUGCUGAUCCAGAAAUACAACCUAUGAAGGAAGAUGAUGGAACAUUUGGUGAAUACAGGUCUCUUGAAAGUGAUGCAGAGGACCAUAAACCUCUAAAAAAAGGAAGCCGGACACCUUCAGACAGAACUGUGAAAAAGGAAGACAGUGAUGAUAGUUUAGUUGACUAUGGCGAAGGUGUGAAUGGUCAGUUCAAUGAGGAUGGCUCCUUUAUUGGACAAUAUAGCGGUAAAAAAGAGAAAGAACCUGCAGAAGGAAAUGAAAGUUCUGAGGCUCCUUCUCCUGUAAAUGCCAUGAAUUCGUUUGUGUAAUCAAAGAACUUGAUCCCUUGUCGCAGUAUCUUCAGUUGUAUUUAAAGCACUUGUACAUCCCCGUCGUGUAAUAUGAACAUGCAGGUAACAGCUCCUCACCACAAGAGGUUUGUGCUAGAAGAAUAUGCAGGCCAAUAUAAUUAUACCGUGUAAUGACACAGUAAGUGGAAUGUUAUUAUAAAUCAAAAUAAGAAAUUCCAAUUUGGUUCCAAACUUGAGUAUUCUCGUGUUCUUUUUUUUUUUAAGGAACUGACACACAAAAAAAAUCGACUGAUAAUAUUAUUUCCUGUUGAAAAUACAGUAUAAUGCAUGAAAAAAAUGCUACACAGCUCACGGAUAAUCUUGUGUACACUAUCAAAACCUGGUCUGAUAAUUUGUUAUGCGGUCCUCAGCUGAAUCCCUGAAUAUGAAUUCUGUUUUCAUUGUCAGAGUGUUAUAGUAGUAUUAUAUAGAACUUCAAUGUCUUUGUGGACAUUGUUGUGAAAUUGGUGACUUAAUGUCUAGCUAUCAUAUGUCUUUUUGUAAGACAGUUAGGAACAGUAUGUACAGUAUAUAAUUGCUAAAUGAUUUAAGUAUGACACUUGCAUUUGCUGAUGCUUAAUGAGACCCUAUUAUCUGCUCUUUGCUCCUAUUACUUUAUAGCCUUUUUAAUCUACCAAGUGUGACAGCAGUACAGUGUUCUAUUUUUACAUCAAAAUACAUUGGAUUGAUUUUAGGGCAUGAAAGACACGCAUUGCAAUGCGGUUUGGAAUUUGUACAGUCACUGAAGGAAAAACUUUAAAAUGAGAGAAAAUAUUCCAGAAAACACAGGGCAAAAUACGUUCAGUGCCUUUUUACAAUAUGCAUUCCAUAAUGCACUCUGCUACUAAAUCAGUUGGUGCAGUAAACUGUGAUUAGUGGACUACGAUCAUUGCCAAAUACAGUAACAAUGUAAAAGAAAAGUGUUAUGGAACUGUUGUGCUAAAAAAAAGAAUGUUUUCAAUGUGUUGUUACACAAAAAAGAUGUUAUUUUAGCCUUGAAAAUAAAAUACUGACUUUAUAGACAGAGCACAACAAGUUUUCAUGGCCUUAGAAGAUUUGUUUAAAAAAAAAAAGUCAAAAUUAAAUUAUUUACUAACACAACAAAAUUAUAAGCUCUUGCAAAAUAAAAUGUUAAAAAAAUCCUAUACCAGCAAGACGAUAGCAGCAAGAGUGCAUUUCCCUCUGUAUCCUGGCCAGAUGAACGUGGCAGCUUUGGAAUUACCCACCCCCAGCAGCAGUGUGAGCAUUACCACUGGGAACCUCAGAAUUCAAGGAAUCUGACAAGUGCUAACAUGGUUUAGUGGCAAGAGAUUCCCGGUAUCAGUUAUGAAAUUUAUUUUCUCACUUAUUAUAUCAAUCAAAUGUUUACCUCCAAAUAUAAAUUUUUUAUAACAACCUAUGGUUGAAGGAAUGCUCAGUUUCAUUUGCCAAUAAAUUGGUUUUUCAUAACUUGCAUCAAGUUUAAUUUUAAGUAAGCUUUUUAUAUGUAGAUAUUUUGUUGAAUUUGUAAAUACACUGAAAGUGUAGAUGCUCUAUGCUUCUAGAUGUUACAAACAAAACAAGAAAGCUUAUGUUGUACUGUGUAAGAAGUACUAUAGCCAGUGGUGUGCAUGGUAUUUUAAAGCAUCUACUUAAAUAUAUAUAUAUAAUUUUUUUCUUUUUGCUGUGAAAACAAAAUAGUCGAACUGUUCUACCUACUUACCGCGGAUUCCUAAUAAAAUCAUUCAGAGCUUUUACCAAUGCAUUACAUUAGACUGUAGUACAUCUUGCAGCUUUCAUGUAUAUACUGUAGGUAAAGCACAACUGAAGUUAUUACACAUCUAAGUUAACUGUAAGAAGGGUUUUUUUUUGCACCUCUGAGCCUUCCAUUGAUGAGUUUUCUUAAUGGGAGCCAAAAUAAGAAAAGGGUAAUGCAAACACUGAUUACAAAGCACAAAGCAAAUAUUUCUUAAUGAGAUUUGCCAAUGGUUUUGGUAAAAGAAGUAUAAUUUUACUCUUAUUUAAUUGUAGAUGCUGAAUUAUCUGUGCAUGUGGGGGUAAACAUACAGGCUCACUUCUGUAAUAGUGCAACAGAUUUUGUAUUAAAAAUAAAUGUGGUUUUAAAAUUUCACUGCUUGUUCUGUUUACAGUACAAAUCACAUCUGAUUCACCAGAUAAUUAAGAAUUACAAGUGGAAAAGAGACAUGAAACAACUCUUGUCAGAAGUCGUUCCCAUGAUAUUGCAGGAGUUCAUGUAUUGUAACUAAGUUAUUUGCAGAAUGUUGCAUCUUCACUUACUGCCGUUUGAGAAAUGUGAAUGUCUCUGACCAUUUCCCAUUGAAAUUAGGUGCUGUCUGCAUUUUCUUCCAUGAAUGUUAUAGUCAAAAUAGCAAAGGAGGGAGCAAGGAGAGGACGAGGGAGGACAUGUUCCAUACCUGCAAGAGGGAGUAAGUGCAAGUAUGAGUAUAUUUUCUAAAACAGGAUCCCUCAGGUAGGAUCCCGAAUCAGGAAAUUGCCUGACAUACAAAACUCAGAACAUUCGUUUUAGAAUAUCCACAUUUAUCAGUGGAUAAAGUGGGGGAACAUCUUUCACAGCACAGAAAAUCCAGAAAAUCCCUUUUCAUAUGUUGUCCAUUCUGUGUCUGAGAGGAAACAGCUGGAGCAAGAGGGCAGUUACUCAGAAGACUGA